GUCCUGCUGAAGACUUGAGCACUGCAGAGCAGAAGCUCAGCUCAGACGCUGGACACUCCUGUCUUGGGAGGAAGGCGUAGGCAAGCCGGAUUCAGCCAGUCGCUCUCGCCUUGCGUCUCCCUUGACCUUGCCCGUUGGGGAGGGAAGCUCUGCCACUCGACUGGACCUGGUCCCUCUCCCCUCUCCAGGAUGAAGGUGUAUAUUUGGACAGCCCUCCUGGUUCUCCUGGCAGCGGAGGAAGCAGGUAAAGUGGGUGGGCUGGGACAAAUGGCCUUUUGCGCAUCUGCAGCCUUUCCGCACGUAUGCACGAAAAGAGAAGUGAACGGAGAUUGUAGAUUUGAGAAAUCAGCACCUUCCCUCAGUCCUAGCGACAUCAGAGGCCUGGGAGACAGUGGCAGGAAGGAGAGCCUUUUCUGUGGCUGCUCCCAUAUUGCAAAAUUCCCUCCCAAGAGAGGUCAGACCGGAUCCCUCCUUGUUAUCCAUCUGCCGGCAGGUUCAGAGCGCCCUGUUCGGACAGGCUUUUGAAAAUGACGGGGCAGAGAGUGCUGAUCGCUGGGUCUCUUUGUCAGGGCAAACUGGACUUUAAUUGCCGGACCUCUAAAAUACAUCAGAAUUGUGUUCUGAUGUAUUUUAAUUAUUGCUUUUAACUCAUUUGUCUUUAUUGCUUUGUAUUCUAUGUAUAUGUUUUUAAAUGUUUAUACGUUUCUCUGGGAGAAAGGAGGGAUAUAAGUACAUUAAUUUGAUGAUGAUAAUAAUAAUAAUAAUAAUAGUAAAUUGCAACAACAAUAGCAGCCACUAAGUAAGUUUACCUCACUUUAAACCCACUGUGUGUUUACAACAACUUGUAUUUGAUUACAUUCCCCACCUCAGAAGUUCAGGGUGGCAGAAAAAAUGGCCCUCCUCUGUUCUAUUUUCACAACAACCCAGUGAGGUAGUUUAGGCUGAGAGAGAAAAUGGUUGAUGGGGGUGGGGUGGGGUAGGAUGUUUGAAUAUCUCCCCCCCCCAACUGCUAGGCCGCCACUAUAACCAGUACCCCCCGCCAAAAAUGCUGAUUCUGCUUUACAGCUGGGUUGCAAACUUGACUUGGUAGAUUAAUCAACUAAAGUUUCAUUUGAUCAAGCAAUAAGGUCAGUUUCAUGUGGUGGGACUGUAAGACCACGCUUGGUUGUUGUUACCCCUCACAUCCCCGCCCCCCACCCCUGGGUCAGGGAAUGGGGGGGUGGGAAAUCCUUUAAAUAUGGCCUUUCUAAGUGGAAGUGCUAAAUUUGUACCUUAAGUGGUAUGUGGAAAGGCAUUUGUAUUGAAUUUUUAGUAACAUGCAACUGUUUAUAUUUUGACCAAUUAAAAAAGGGGAUACUGAUCCACUUAAGAAUUCUUUAAUCUGUGAGGCUGCAAUCCUGCAUAUCUACUUACAUGAGUGUAAACCAGACCCUCCACGUGUCCCUAUUUUCCAGGGACGUCCCUGAUUUGAUCCCAGAAUGUCUCACUUUUCCUUAGGAUGUCCCUAUUUUCACUGAAGAAAUGUUGGAGGGUAUGGAGUUAUCUGACCCCCAAGCCAUCUGAAGGCAAUCCUGUAUAGGGAAGUUUUUAAAAUGUUUAAUGCCUUAUUAAGUUUUUUAUAUAUGUUGGAAGCUGCACAGAGUGCUGGCGCAACCCAAUAAGAUGCAGGGAGCAUAAAUAGUAAAAUUAUCCUUAUGGAAUGGGACGUCCCUGUUUUCAUCGGAGAAAUGUCGGAGGGCAUGGUAUCGUGAUUGAACUCAGUGGCACACACUUCUGAGUAAAAUUAGAUACACCCAACUCAUUUCUUCUCAGGGUGGGCAUAUGGAAAUUAAUGAACCUAAGUUAGCCAUGUCAAUUAAUCUCCAUGGGUCUACUCUGAGUAGCUAGCAUUGGCCAGAACCCCAUGUACAGGAUUGCAGAGAUGACAGCACAUGUUCACUAACACUACAAGUUAGGCCCUGCUUAAUGAAAACUAAUGUUGUGCCAGCCAGUUUACUCCUUUUGUAGUCUAUCUAGUCAAUUGCUAGAUAGCAUCGUUGUGCUAAGAUAAAGGAUCUGUUUCUGCCAUCUACAAAAAGAGGGAAGUUUAUUUUGGGAGGAGUGCCAAGUUUUACAGUAUGGUAAACUUUCUUGUAUUAGAGGCCAGUUGCGGGCCGGAUUGAGACGGCGACUGGGCCGCAUCCUGUCCCCGGGCCUUAGGCUGCCUACCCCUGACGUACAGCCUCUAAACUUGAAAGGAGAACAUGGGUCUCUUCUAGGAAAGCAAAACUGAUUCCCUUAACAAGGGUCACCAUUGGGCACAACCAUCGUCUGCUCAAACCAGAUGACAGGCAGGAGUUUCGAUUCUUAAAAGGGGCAUCUCACACGUUAUCUGUUCCUGCCUCUCUGUGGCUUUCGGAUUUUGUUCCACUGUGCUCACGGCAGGAUCAAGGGGAUGUGGCCAAGUGGUAGAAUAUUUGUGUUGUAGGUGGAAGGUCUCAAAUUUAAUCCCCAACAUUUCCAGCUAGGAUAGGGGGAAACCCCUGUCUGGAAACCCCCGAGAGCUGCUGCCAGUCAGUGUAGACAAUACUGAGUUUGGUGGGUCAGUGGUCUGGCUCUGUAGAAGAUAGCUCCCUGUGCAGGCUAAGGCACAGUCUGUAAUAUUGUAGAUCAGCCAUAGAUCAUGUGCUUUGUGUCCAAAAGGGCCCAGCAUCAAUCCCUGGCAUCGUCUCCAGGUAGGAAUAGGAAAGGCAGGCCCCGGAGAACAGCUGCCAGACAGCACAGGUAGACAAUGCUCAGCAAGAGCUCAGCAAUAGAAUAGAGCAGCUUCCACAACAGGGAUGGGCAAUUGUGUCAAUUUAGGUUUCGCUGAGUUUCUCCUUUUCCCAGUCUUUAGUUCUCCAUCAGCUUGUGAAUAUAUAUAUAUAUAUAUAUAUAUAUAUAUAUAUGGGUACCUCAGGGAACAUACGCUUCAGGUUACAUACGCUUCAGGUUACAGACUCCGCUAACCCAGAAAUAGUACCUCGGGUUAAGAACUUUGCUUCAGGAUGAGAACAGAAAUCGUGCUCCGGCAGUGCGGCGGCAGCGGGAGGCCCCCUUAGCUAAAGUGGUGCUUCAGGUUAAGAACAGUUUCAGGUUAAGAACAGACCUCCAGAACGAAUUAAGUUCUUUUUUUUUUUAAAUGAUAUUUAUUAAAGUUUCAAAAAAAAGGUUACAUAGAUAAGAAUAAAAAAAAAGAAAAGAAAAAUACAAAAUACAAAAUACAAAAAAACACAAUUAAAAACAAUUCCAUCUUUUCAUCACAUAUCUUUCAUUUACUUGUUUCCCGGACCUCCUCAUGCCUCCCUUUUUUGUAUUCCAGUUCCAUUUAUUAGUUCAGCAAUUCCUUUCCCUCCUUAUUUUAUCCUGAUCUUUAAUCUUAAUAUAUUAUGACAUUGAGUUUUUACAUAUUAAAAAUCCAAUUUUUCCAUAUUCUUUUCCACCACUUAGCUUCAAUCCAACAUCAUUCUAACAUUCAUUAAUUUUACAAUAUUUCUGUAGAUAGGCUUUGAAUUUCUUCCAGUCUUCUUCCUGAAAACGAAUUAAGUUCUUAACCCGAGGUACCACUGUAUAUUUAAGUGCAUUGCCCUCAUGUAUUUUUCUGUGCCGUUUUGUCUACAUACACGUUUUUGCAAAGCCACUUCCCCAUAUGCAAUGCAUUUUUGUAAGUUGCUUUUAGUAACACAUGCAUUUUAGACACACAAUUUACCCUAGUAAUAGAAACGUAGAAUUAUGGAGCUGGAAGUGACCUCGAGGGCCAUCUAGACCUACCCUCUGCCAUGCAGGAAUCUCAACACACGGACCCCCAUCUGUGCAUUUUGUGUACAUAUCACUUGUCUGGAGAACUGCAUUUCAAAAAUUUGAUGAAUGCAAAUUUCACAUGGUGGUUGUGUUUCGACUUGUGUAUUGUUUCAGAAGGAGCAAAUCUGGUAAGUCUGAAAUGCAAGCUGAAGUCAAUUCCCAGCCCCACCCCUUGUCCGAAGUAAUGCAAUUAUUUAUUUUUAAAUGUAUUUUUAUUUAAUUUUAUGUAACCAAUAAGAACCAAGAACAGAAUGCACAUAAACAGAACAGAAAAUACAAGUAUGGAAUCCAAAAUAUCCCAAAGAUUUUCAAAGAAUGUAAAUAACACAAGGCAAAAACUGUGAGGGCCAAAUACUGAAAUUAUCAUCUCUCCAGAGCUGGCCAUGUGCGUGAAGUGGUUUCCUUGCUUUAUUAGAACCAUUAAUAUAUUGAAUAAAAAGUAAGCAAUCAGUACGGAAAGGAUGCUUGUCUGACCUUCCCUGAACCAUUUUAGCCACAUCAGUUCAUUUUUCUGACAAUGAAAUUGUCCAAAUUCUGCUGUGCCCAUAAUUCAAUGAGAUACCGUUCAGAUUUCACCAUUUAUAGGCUUAAUACAGUGCUGCAAAAGCAGACUAAGCAAGUGCUUAGGGCACCAGCAAGCAGGGGCAUGAACAAAGAGAUUUUUUUAAAAAAUAAAGAAUUUGACAUUUGAUUAAGGGGGGCAAAACGCUGAAUUUUGCAAUUGGAAAAUCUAGAAACAAUCUAUUUUAUUUUCGGCAUGCAUGUAAGUAAAGUAUCAUUUCCAAAAAUAAAAUUAGUUUCCGUAUUGUUUUUAUUUUGAAUUACGUAUAGGCGGCCCAUCAUAAUAUUUUCAGUGCUUUGGGUCUUAAUCCAGCCUUGUCUUAAUACAGUUAUUUCUGAAGCUUCUAAAAAUCACCAUCUUGUGUGCUGUCCAAAACCUGUUCCGGAAAAGACAGGGCGGCUUGCCCACAUCUCUAGCAGAGGCACCCAAAACAGAUAUCCCGUGCGUACAAAUUGCCCUGUAAAGUGUUGGUGGUCUCAGAUCACAGGAGCUGCGUAGCCUCUCUGCUCUCCCCCCCCGCCCCACCCUCCAAACUUUACAUUUGUGUCCUAUCAGUGGUAUGAGAUCUGCUGCUACUGCUACCUGUGGUUUAGCGAAGUGCUAAUCUGAUGCUUUUUCAUCACCACAAAAAGGCGAUAGCAGCUAAUUUAUGUGCUCAGCUCUUUAUCCCUUAUUUGGGUCCCUGGAACAAAUACUUACAGAAACAGGCUUAGGAUCCACACACACAUUAUACUAAUGGACUUUAAAAACUUGGUCCUGUGUACAAGUACAGGGGUGCCUUGGUUCUCAAACUUACCGUAAUCUGUUCCGGAAGUCCGUUCCAAAACCAAAGCGUUCAAAAACCAAGGCGCGCUUUCCCAUAGAAAGUAAUGCAAAAUGGGUUAAUCCGUUCCAGACUUUUAAAAACAACCCCUAAAGCAGCAAUUUAACAUGAAUUUUACUAUCUAACGAGACCACUGAUCCAUAAAAUGAAAGCAAUAAACAAUGUACCACAGUCACACAAUCAAUCAAUCAAUCAAUCAAUCAAUCAGUGGCUGAACUGGGUCCCACACAGUUACAGAAACAAAACCAAAAAGCCGCAAAAACAAAAAUGCAAAAUAAAUAGCAAAAACAGACAGACCUCAGUGUAACACUCAAAACGGAAGUGUGGCACUCAAAUUGGAAACACUCAAAACGGAGCACGUCUAGCUUCUGAAAAAAGUUUGCAAACCGGAACACUUACUUCCGGGUUUGCAGUGUUUGGGUUCCAAGUUGUUUGAGUACCAAGGCGUUUGAGAACCAAGGUAACACUGUACUCACCUAGUCAAAAAACUGCGUUUAGAAUGCCUUAUAAACAUGUAACACUAGAUAACGCUGGAGAACAAAAAGAAUUUUGUUCAAUUUUCCGUAGCAUUUUUCUUUUCUUGUAACGAUUUAAUUUCUGACUUAUUUAUAGCGUUUCCCCCCCUGUGUGUAGAUGCAGCCCAAGUCACACAGACCAUGUCAUGAAAGAAAAAAGUUAGGGGGGAAAAUGCUGCUAACAAGUAUAGUUCCAAAUUUACCAGGCUUGUGAUGAUAUGGUUUUGUCAGGGCUUUGGUUUCCAGCUUGAACUCACAGGAACUCAGUUCCGGCACCUCUCAAUAUAAGCCAUUGCCAUUAUAAGAGAACAAGGGAGGUGCUAGUGGUGAGUUCUGGCAUCUCCUUUUCUAUAAAAAUAGUACUGUUGUCCUGAAAAUGCAGGCUCUGUAGUAAUGUAAUAAAGGAAUACCAAAUCAUAUAAAAAGCGUCUGGAAGUUCUAGUCCUUGUUGAAAUCUCAAAUUUGAUUUUCUCCAUUAUAGCUUAUAUCCCAGAGUGAGGGGCACCAAGGUGUCCAGUGUAAGAUUUGGGGCUGUUUUCCCGUGAGUUUCACCAAAGGCAGCAGUUAGCUCAGUUGGUUUGGAGCAUGGUGCUGGUAACGCAAAGCUCGCGGGUUUGAUGCCCUGACGUGCCACCUGCGUAUUCAUCUAUCGCAGGGGUGACCCUCAAGAUCCUUUCUAUAGAUCUAGGAAUCUAUAAUUCUACUAUGCAUGCUACCAGAGAAAUGUUGUUGUUUAGUCGUUUAGUCGUGUCCGACUCUUCGUGACCCCAUGGACCAGAGCACACCAGGCACUCCUGUCUUCCACCUGCCUCCCGCAGUCUGGUCAGACUCAUGCUGGUAGCUUCAAGAACACUGUCCCACCAUCUCGUCCUCUGUCGUCCCCUUCUCCUUGUGCCCUCCAUCUUUCCCAACAUCAGGGUCUUUUCCAGGGAGUCUUCUCUUCUCAUGAGGUGGCCAAAGUACUGGAGCCUCGGCUUCAGGAUCUGUCCUUCCAGUGAGCACUCAGGGCUGAUUUCCUUCAGAAUGGAUCAGUUUGAUCUUCUUGCAGUCCAUGGGACUCUCAAUAGGACAUCCCUAUUUUCAUCAGAGAAACUUUGGAGCAUAUGGAAUAGGACGUCCCUUUUUUCAAAGGAGAAAUGUAUGAGAGCUGUGAGGGGAAAAGGGGCUUCUUCUUCUUAUUGUUAUCAGUGCUUUUUUUCUGGGGGGACGCAGGGGGACGCAUACUCCUAAACAUUUUGUGACUCUAAGUUUGGCCUCAUUGAGGGGCAGUAUUUCAAUAUGAGUAGGAAAAUGAGAGUACCCCUCAACAUUUUUUAAAGAAAAAAAGCACUGAUAAUAAUAAUAAUUUUAUUUAUACCUCACUCAACUGGCUGAGUUGCCCCAGCCACUCUGGACGGCUUCCAACACACACAAAAUUAAUCAUAAUAAAACAUCAAACAUUAAUAGUAACAGUCAGAUCCUAUAUAAAAAGUUUAAAAUAACUUUAAAAUAAACAACUUAUACCAAAUAAAGCAAUAUGCAAUGUUGCAUUAGAAUCCAACAGUAAACACUAAAAUUAAACAACAGCAAAUAAUAAUUAGACAGUUUACACUUAUUACAAUAAAGAAUUACUCAUCUAUAAUCAAUAAAAAUAGCAAUAAAUCACAAUACAUAAAAUGCCACAAAUCAUACAAAACGAUGUAAAAGGAUUAAAUUAAGAAACAAAUGCAUACAAAUUAUAACAUUAUUUAAAACAAGACAAAACAAAACAACUCUCAGCACCCACAACAAACCAUAGCGCCCAGAAUCCUUUGAGGAAAACCAUGACUUUUUAAAGGGGUAUGAUUCUGCUUUAAAUGUAAGGUGUGAAUGGGGCCUAGAUGGGCCUUUGGCCUGAUCCAGAAGGGAGCUCUCCUGAUGUUCCAACAUUAAGAACAAAUCCAGUAUGCGCAGGCUGGUGGCGCAGUUUUGAAGACCUUGAAAGACCUGCAUUGGCUCCCAGUACGUUUCCGAGCACAAUUCAAAGUGUUGGUGCUGACCUUAAAGCCCUAAACAGCCCUGGUCCAGUAUACCUGAAGGAGCGUCUCCACCCCCAUCGUUCUGCCCGGACGCUGAGGUCCAGCUCCAAGGGCCUUCUGGCGGUUCCCUCACUGCGAGAAGCCAAGUUACAGGGAACCAGGCAGAGGGCCUUCUCGGUAGUGGCACCUGCCCUGUGGAAUGCCCUCCCACCAGAUGUCAAAGAGAACAACAACUACCAUUCUUUUAGAAGACAUCUGAAGGCAGCCCGGUUUAGGGAAGCUUUUAAUGUUUGAUGUAUUGCAGUGUUUUAGUAUUUUUUUGGAAGCCGCCCAGAGUGGCUGGGGAAUCCCAGCCAGAUGGGCGGGGUAUAAAUAAUAAAUUAUUAUUAUUAUUAUUAUUAUUAUUAUUAUUGAAGAAGUAACAAAAUGCACCUUUUUCCCUGCAGAGGCGCUGAGGGAACCUCAGUUGUGCUACGUCUUGGAUGGGAUCCUGUUUGUCUACGGUAUAAUCCUCACAUUCCUGUACUGCCGGCUGAAGGUAAGUCUUUUUUGUUGUUGUUUAAAUGGCUCUCUGAGAUGCAUAUGUCUUGAUCUUAAUGCAAGGGAAAGGUGAUCUAAAAGUUAAAUGAUGUACGCAUCAGUUGACUGAAGGAAAUUUGUCACAGAAGUAGUUUUUUUCCCCCAUGGAGAAGUUCAUUUAUGUAUUUCUUCACAAACAAAUGUAUGAAUCUGCCACAAAAGAUCCUCUCCUGUGCAUCACUGAGAAAGAAGGCAGCGAUUUCCAUUCAAUUUGUAUAUGCUAACUUAUAGGCAUAAUGCAAUUAAACAUAAUAAUACUGUAAUUUAAAUGGGGGGGGACACCAUACCAUUGGGAGUUGUGCUUUGUGCCUGCUUAGUCUGCUAUCCAACUGCUGACUUGUUGCUGGGCCUCUUCAAGGCCCCAUCCUGCUCUCCCCUCUUAGGGUUCUCUGGCCCCUAUCUGUACUAUACAUUUAAAACAGUACCAUACCACUUUAAUCAGAGUGGUUUAAACUGGUAUGAUACUACUUUAACUGUGCUGUGCGGAUGCAGCCUCGGUCUCUUCCCACUGGCAAAAAAAAUGUGGAUUGUAAGCUCCUGGAAGGCAGGGACCUUAUGUGCAGAAUAUCUAAGUAAAUGAAUACUGCUUCAUGAACACAUAAUUUAAAGAGUUGCAAUAAUAAUAAUAAUAAUAAUAAUAAUCCCACCCUUCCUUGGUGGAGCUAGAGCAGCAUACGGUGGUACCUCGGGUUAAGUACUUAAUUCGUUCCAGAGGUCUGUUCUUAGCCUGAAACUGUUCUUAACCUGAAGCACCACUUUAGCUAAUGGGGCUUCCUGCUGUCGCCGUGCUGCCGGAGCACGAUUUCUGUUCUCAUCCUGAAGCAAAGUUCUUAACCUGAAGCACUAUUUCUGGGUUAGCGGAGUCUGUUACGUAUGUAACCUGAAGCGUACGUAACCUGAGGUACAGCUGUACAUUGUUUUUCCUUCCUUCCCAUUUUAUUCUUACUAAAACCCUGUGAGAUACACCAUACUGUGGCCACAUCUGCACCAAACAUUGAAAGAAGCCCUUUAAACUGUCAUGGCUUUGUCCAAAGAAUCCUGGGAAAAUGUUGUUUGCUAAGGGAGCUUAUAGUUGUUACAGUACACACACCCAUCCACCCUACAUUCCCCCACAGAGCUACAAUUCUCAGAAUUCCCUGUGAGGAGGGAUUGAUUGCUAAACCACUUUGGGAAUUAUAGCUCUGUGAGUGGAAUAGAGGUUGUCCUAACAACCCUCAAGAGCCUUGAUAAACUAUAGUUCCCAGGAUUCUCUGGGGGAAGCAACAACUGUUUAAAGUGAUCGGAUACUGACUUUAAAUGAACAAUGCAGAUGAGGCAUGAGUGCGCAUGUGUGUGUGAGAAUUAGUGAAUGAGAAUGAGCCCAGGGUCACCCUCAAACUUCAUGGCUUGAGUGGGAAUUUGAACCUGGGCCUCUGCAGCUUAAAUCUGCCACUCAAACCACUGCAAUCGACACAAGAUAAUAUCACCAAGGCAACUAUUUGUGAACAAACAAUAAACGUCCCUAAAUAUGGACGCCCCUAAAAAUGGCAAGAGUAGUUUCUUUCCCAAAUAGGUUUUAUCUCACACAACGGCAAACGCAGGAAAUAAAGAGUCCACCUGUGAUAUAUCAGUUGGUUCAGUGCUCAGACGUCGUUCCGGUUAUCAGACGUUUCGUUGCGAAAGAGCUUAGUCGUCGAGCUUUGAAGUAAAUAAUAUACCGGUACGAGAAGACAGUAUGCAAACGACUUAAAGCAGGGGUAUAUCUGUCCCCAUGUGCAUGUUUCCAUCAGAAGGAGCAUAGAAAGAGGACGGUGUCCUUCAGUUUGCUAAACUGCAGGCUGUCUCUCCACAAGUUGCUCCAUAGUUAGUGAAUGGCCUUUCUGUGACACUCAGAGGGAUUAAAAAGAAACGAGGGAGACGUUUGCUGGGUGGAAUUAAUGUCUGUUGUUACUUUAAGUUUAUAAAUGAUUUAUUUGACUCUGUUUAUAUUUUUUAACUCUUUAGAUCCAAUAUCGAAGGAAAUCGAAGCUUCCCCCUGCUUCCUACUACGAGGUGCCUCUUUGCUCCUUUCACUUAAAUAAUAUUUAGCAUUUAUAUGGCAUUUGCAGCGUGUCAGGCUAAGGAUGGGCUGAUAGGCUGGAAGCAGACAGACUUGGUCUCCUAACCAUUCUCAGCACCUGUACCAAACUCCAGUUCCUGGUGUUUAUUAAAGAGGGCCUAAGACCUGUUAAUGAAACUGUAGGCAGAAAUUCAACUGGAGGUGUUUUUCUUAGCACAGGAAUGGAGCAAUGGCGACAACAGCACCUGUUGUGUCGCUGUCUGCUAAAGACAUAAGAGUCGUUCCCGUGCACCAUAGAAAAAUGAGGGGGGUAGACAAAUAAGACUGUGAUUUGUUUAAAGAAGUUAUUGUGGCUUUUGCACCCUCUCUGCUUCAAACAGAGAUUUAACGCAUUCAUGGCCUGGACCUUGCUUUUGUCUUUUUUUCUGCUUUUAUCUCAUAUCUUCUGAAAUAAAGAGCAGGGUGGGUGGGUGGCCAUUCUUCCUUUAAAGCACAUUCAAGGGAUAUUCCCUCCCUCAAAGAAUUCUGGGCACUGUAGUUUGCUAAGAGUUUCUGGGAAUUGUAACUCUGUGAGGGGUAAAGUACAGUACCCAGAAUUCUUUGAGGGAAAGAAUGAGCUUUAAAGGUUUGGUGUUUACACUGGUGAAGAUGCAGAGAAGGGAAAGGGAAAGGGAAGGGGGUGCAUUAUAUUGUUUUGCUUUCUGUUCCUCGGAAAUCUCAUGCCAUUCUCUGUCUUCCUCUUUUGCAGAAAGUGGAAGGAAUCUAUACCGUAAGUGUCUGCCAACGAUUUUCUGGGACAGGGCUGGGAUAAGAACACAGGAAGCUGCCUUCAAUCUUAGCCAGACCUCUGCUCCAUCUAGCUCAUUAUUGCCAACACUGACUGGCAGAGGCUGUCCAGGGUUUCAGGCAUAAGAACAAAGCAAAAGCCUGGCCACAGGAUCAGACCAAUGGCCCAUCUAGUGCAAUGUCCUGUUCUCACAGUGGCCGACCAGAUGCCCGAGGGAACCCCUAUACCCAGCAAGUGUCCCGGAAAAACCGGAACAUCCCAUUUUCCCCCAGCGAGAGCAUGGUGGCUAUUUUGAGAUCUCACCCUUGUAAUAAACAAAAAUCUGCACUUAUUCCCUUAUGGGGGACACAAGAGCCCUUACAGAGUCCUUUGUAGGUUCUCCGUCAGUCGGAGAGAAUAACAGUGGCCAACCAGAGAAUGCUGAGAAGCAAAGCAGCUAGUAAGCCUGAACUUUAUUGAACUGUUGCAACAGGGGGCUCCCCUCACACGCAGGAGAAGGAGGAGGACCCAGAACCAAGGUGUGCCUGCCCUUAUAUAGACAUUUUAAAUUGCCUUCCCUGGAGCUCAAGACCACCCUCCAUAAAUCAUACAUACAUCACAGAAGGGGUGUAACCCAAGACCACCCCCCACAAACAUCAUACAUACAUCACAGAAAAGGUGGUCUACAACAGAAAUUUGACUGCUGUUGUUUUUCCUGUCUGCCACGUUAUCUGAUAAUGCCUUAUCUGAUUGCCUUUCCUGGUAGUCUGGCCAUUCCUUUGAGAUGGUGAUUUCUUAAUUCCUGAGACAAUGGGAAGGGUUCCUCACCCCCUCCCUGCUUGCAGAGAAACACUUGGUCAGCUUGGGAAUCAAAAUGGUUUCAGGACGGUUUUCCUGUACUACUUCAGACAUGUCAUUUAUAUAUUUAUGUACGUGUUUGCUUCGUACAUUUAUGAACAUUUAUUAUAUAUCUAAGACCUUAACUUUUUUUAUUUCACCCUGAAAAAAUAGCUUUUGGGGUGGGCCAGGAUCUUGCAUGGUGCUGUUGUGUGAGAGCACAGUUCCCCCCAAAAGCACGUAUUUUCAGCUCCAUAAUCUUGCGGAGGUCACGUGACUCAAUUGGGAAGACAGCCAGAAAGACGCACAUACCAGUUUUGGGACUCAGCAUGUUGGAGGGUUUGGGGUCCUGAGCUCAACAGCAACUCUCACCCCUUGUGAUUCCCAGAAACUGGUAUUCAGAGGCAUUCCUACCCUCCAGUAUUGGAUGAAGUCCAUAGCCAUUGAUAAGUCUAGGUAAAGGUAAAGGGACCCCUGACCAUUAGGUCCAGUCGUGGCCGACUCUGGGGUUGCGGCGCUCAUCUCGCUUUAUUGGCCAAGGGAGCUGGCGUACAGCUUCCGGGUCAUGUGGCCAGCAUGACUAAGCCGCUUCUGGUGAACCAGAGCAGCGCACGGAAACAUCGUUUACCUUCCCGCUGGAGUGGUACCUAUUUAUCUGCUUGCACUUUGACAUGCUUUCGAACUGCUAGGUUAGCAGGAGCAGGGACCAAGCAAUGGGAGUUCACCCUGUCGUGGGGUUUUGAACCUCUGACCUUCUGAUCGGCAAGUCCUAGGCUCUGUGGUUUAACCCACAGCACCACCUGCGUCCCUUGAUAAGUCUAAUCACCCAUAAAUUUGCCUAAUCCUGUAAAGACAUAAGCAGAACCUGCUGGAUCCGGCCAAAGCCCCUCUAGUCCAGCAUCCUGUUCUCACAGGCCCAGUUGGUUAUCCCUGUGUUGUUGUUUUUAAUGCUUAAAGUGGUGAACAAGCUUCAAAAGCGGAUCAAAUCAAGUAUAAAUGGCAGCUGGUUAUAAAUAUAGCCAUGUUUUUUCACUAUAGUUGGAAGACUUGUGAUCUAUUUAUCAUGCUAUCAAUCUUGUUGCCAACCAGAGGGGUGUGUGUAUGUGUUUUAAAUCAGUUAAUAAGUUACUGAACAACAGAAUGACCACAGGGAAGAUGCAAUAUGCUUUUUGUACUGUGGAGAAAGUUUUCAGUUCACAUCCGCCUGGACAGGGCGUUGGGGGCUUUGAAUGCCAAAAGUUAGGGGAUGGCAUAAUUGUGCCUCUCGUGGCGCUGUGGGUUAAACCACAGAGCCUAGAACUUGCCGAUUAGAAGGUUGGUGGUUCGAAUCCCCACGACGGGGUGAGCUCCCAUUGCUCGGUCCCUGCUCCUGCCAACCUAGCAGUUCAAAAGCAUAUCAACGUGCAAGUAGAUAAAUAGGUACCGCUAUGGCAGGAAGGUAAACGGCGUUUCCGUGCGCUGCUCUGGUUCGCCAGAGCGGCUUAGUCAUGCUGGCCACAUGACCCGGAAGCUGUACGCCGGCUCCCUCGGCCAAUAAAGCGAGAUGAGCGCCGCAACCCCAGAGUCGGCCACGACUGGACCUAAUGGUCAGGGGUCCCUUUACCUUUACCUUUAAAAGUAGGGGUGCUGGUGGUGGGAAGGCCGGCUCCGCUCAGGCGGUAUCCACACCGUACAUUUAAAGCACCACAAUAGCCCAUCCUCAUGAAAUUUCAUAUGCGUUUUAGUGUGAGUUUCGCCUAACUUAGGCAUGUUUGCUUUCCCCAACCCAUCUCUCUUUCUCUUCAUUUACAGGGCCUUGGCCCUCAUGAGUCCGCAACUUAUCAAACUCUUACGCGCCCCAAAACUGACCCGAAGGAGCAGCCCCCUGCAGAAGCAGAAACCUUGGUGGGAUAGGAACACUGUCUUGUGGAGUACCCCUCCUCAACACCUGAAAUUACGCAACUAUAUUUUGACGUCAGAAGAAGGACUGUCUCUGCACCCUUUGCUGUACCUGCAUGGAAUAUGCCGGCACAUCGCCUAGUGAUUUUGAUGGCACAGUAGACCAGGAAGGGACUGGCAGAUGUUGCUGGACUACAACUCCCAUCAUCCCUGACCGUUGGCCAUGCUGGCUGGGGCUGAUGGGAGAUGGAGUCCUACUGCUCAUGGCAGACCACAGAUUCCCCAGCCUACCACAGAUCUUGCCUGUUGUAUUAGCAGCCCUUAUGUUUUCCGAUUUGACGUCUUCCACAGUGGGACAGCUUGAGGGUGGGCAAGAAAGAAGUGCCAGCUUUUAUUAAUCUUUAUUUAAAAAUAAUAACUACUUAUGGCUCUGUUCUCCUGCUGUUUUUAAAUAUCAUGUCCAUAGCUUGUUUGGAAAAUCAUGUCAAAAUGUCAAUAGCUUAGCAAUGUAAGUGCAAUCAGGAUUCCUGGCUGGGAGUUAGAGAUGAACAAAUUUGUCCAUUUUGGUUCUCCAAGUUCCUCAUCUUCCCAGGCUUCAUUUCUCCACAUUUCCACAACAGUGGGGAAGAGCCUCCUGUAUUAAAUCCUGAACAGCUGUGGCUAGAUGGACCAAUGGUCUGACUUGGUAUAUUUCCUUUGUUCCUAAUUUGUUCCUAAUUUGCAGAUUAUUAUUUUUUAAAUCAUCAGCAUCUGAGUACAGAAUUCUCCUAACAUAUUUUUGUAUGCAGCUUUGACUAAUAUAGAUAUUUUUGCAACAAACUUUCCCUAACAUUAUGCAUUUUUUUAUGUUAUUUUCACUAAAUAAAUAAUUUUUUUACGAAUACUUUGCCCUACUGUAUGCCUUUUUGGCAGAAAGGGUGAAAAGACUUUUCAGUGCAUAAAAUGCUCUCAUUUCACCCUGAUUGGGCAACUCCUGGACUCUUCUUGGACCUUCCUGCAGAUAUAGUAGCAGGGUCUCCAACCCCGUGACCCCAGACCACACCACCUCUGGUUUGCAGGAAGGCUAUAUGACAAAGUGCACUCUUCCUGGUUUGCUUGUGUUUACUUAUCUUCCCAUUAGCCAUUAGCCAUCACACACUUUUAAAUGUACUUUCCGAUCACUUUCCAUGUCAUAAAAAGUCUUUCUCUGUGGGUGGGGUUGUUGUUUUUUAAAGUAGUUUAUUUGCACUUCAAUUAAACCUACAUACCUGUCCAGUUUGUGCCUGAAUCCUUCUCACAAAAUAUUGACAGUCUGCAGACGACCUAAGGAUCAGUACAACCAAGAAAAUCCUCCUUCUAAGCCUGUUUUAAAAGUUGCUGAUUUGAUUAUGUUGGAGACAACUAUCUCUGCCCUCGUCUGUUUAACUAGAUUGCUCUGUAUAUAUAUAUGAUUUUAUUAUUUGUUGCAAGCAGCCCUGAAAAUGCUAAAUAAAUAAAUGUAAUGAAAAGUCAA